AUCACCCUGAUCGGCAGCCCGAGCCACAAGCACCCCAGCUCUGAGGAGCAGAAGCGCACAGCGCUGGACCUGCUGAGAAAACCGAACCUGCGCAGGAACACAGUCGUCCUGUGCAUCAACUGGUUUUCCAUCUGCUGCGCCUACUACGGCCUGCUCCUCAACACCCAGAACCUGGCCGGGAACUUGUACAUCAACUUCCUGCUGAUGGGUCUGUGUGAAGUGCCGGCGCAGGUGGGCCUGGCGCUCCUGUUGGACCGGAUCAAGAGGAAGUCCCUCCUGCUGGCCUCCCAGCUGCUGGGCGGCGGCGCGUGCCUGGCCGCUGCCUGCUUCGCCUGGCACGAGAUGGGCUGGCCAACAGUGGGAUCUUGCCUGGCCGGACAGUUCCUGAUCUCCUCGUCCUUCACCUGCAUCUUGCUCUACACAGUGGAGAUCUUGCCGACAGCGGUCAGGAGCACAGGGGUGGGGCUGUGCAACACCUUCGGGAGGCUGGGCUGCAUCGCUUGCCCCUGGGUCAUCUUCAUGGCCGACGCCUGGAAGCCCGCCCCCUUUGUCCUGUUCGGCACCAUGGCGACGGGGGCAAGCCUCUUGGCACUGCGGCUGCCCGAGACCCUGGGCCGGAAGCUGCCCGAGACCCUGGAGGACGGGGAGAAGCUCUAGGAGGUGGGCGUCCAGUGUCCUGGUCCCCGAAACGCGCCGCGUCCGCUUCGUCACCAGCAGAGCUCCCGGUCAGUAGCGUUACUGCUCCAGAAGCCCUCGCUGAGCUUCACGGAACCGCUGAUGUCACAAGAGUUUUUUUUCCUGCAAGGUCAAUGAAGACCGGACAGGGCUAGAGAUCAUUCCCAUUCCAGAUGCUGGGUUUCUGAACCCCUUUCACGCAGGAGUAACAGGUUAAUUUAAUUUGUAGGAAAUUUAACUGGCAGAGCCCGUGCUGCAGGACGAUUGCCAUGUUUGAUGUUUGACGCAGUGCAUUUCCCACUUUUGCCCAGACAUUAAUAAUUGUUCAUCUACAGCUGUUUGCCAGUAUUGCAAGAGUUACCACACGCACAACAGAGUGCUUCUGCAAUUAUCAGCUGCAGGACAAACUGUUGAUCUUACACAUUAAAAAGGUUUAAUGAU